ACUUGGUAUGGAUGAAAGUUUAUUUCAAAGACUGUCAAUUCAUGAGAAUUGUAAAACAGAACUAUGUCUACAGUAUAGAAUGAAUGAAGAAAUUAUGAGUAUAAGUAAUAAACUGGUGUAUGAUGGUAAACUGCAAUGUGGUAACGAUACUAUUGCUGAUGGUAAACUCGUAUUGCCAGACAAGGCAGUGUUUGUACAGAUGCUUGAAAACAGAGGUUGGUCACACUCAUGGUUGGCUGAAAUCAUCGCAACUCAAGGACCAGUUAACUUUUUAAACACAGACAAGAUUCCUGCACCUCAUGAGAAGCGUCAUACCAGUUUAAUAAAUAAAAUAGAAUCACAGCUUGUUAGUUUAUUGAUAAAGGCUUUGUUAAAGGUAAUUGUGUUUUUCUUUCCACCAGCAAAAUAGAAUUUUUCCACUUUUUUUUUCUUUUUUUUCUUCUAAUCAUAUCAUUAAUGUUAACUAUAUAAACAUGAUUUCCUAUUGACUCCAAGUAUUGGUCAAUAUGUUUAAAAAGAAUUAUUUUGUAGAAGAUAAGAAAUGUUGCCUUUGAAAGGUCAAAGUUCAAAGUUUAAUGAUCUUAAAUUUUGAAUCUGCC